AUGCUGCAAGGCUUGGACUUUUCGUACACGCCGCCGCCGCCGCCACCGCCGACACCGGUGCAGCAACCGAUGAGCGAAGCACCGCCGGCGACACCGAGCGAUCCGCUGUGGGGCGCCAACAUUGUGAGUCUCGACUUGGUCGAGAAACCAAAGCUGAAGACGACCGUGAGCAUGCAGACGCUCGAGCAGGCGCGCUUGGCCAAGCCGAAGGAGGCGCCGCAGCCGGUGAUGCCGCCGCCAAUGGUAGCGCCGCCGUCGUAUGGCCAGGCACCCAUGUACCCGCCUUCGUCCAUGGGCUAUGCGAAUCCUCCUGGAGCGUACCCGGCGCAGCACAUUGUGACGGCGCAACCGUACGGUGGCAUGUACACCAACACGAAUGGACCCAUGGGCGUCCAGCGGCAGCCCACGGCGCAUACCUUCAUGCCCAACAUGACCCACGUCCCGCCGCCAAAAUCCGCGCCUGCCGCCAACGACCCGUUUGCGACGCUCUCGUGA